AAAUAAUCAAGUAAGGUUAUGGUAAUCAAAACAAAGUGAUAUUUCGUCAAGGUAUAUGUAGCUUUAUUGAUAACUUUUAGAGAGAAUAAUAAUAUAAUUUAAAAAUGUUCUUAACAUGUAAUUUACGUACAUUUUCUAGAACGAUAUUUGCAAAAGCAAAACAUUUUCAAAUGCGUAAUGUCCAUUAUGUUCAAGGCCAGGAACCUGAACCAAAAAUAAGAGAAUAUUUUUAUUUUAUCGAUCAUCAAGGGAUGUUAUUUUUAGAUGAUUCUAAGAUGAAAAACUUCACAUCGUGUUUUAAGGAAAAGAAGUUUCUACAAUUUUUCUUCAAGAGGAUUCGUCUUAAUCGCACUGGUAGAUACGAAGAUGACUUUCCUUUUAUUUCACUAUGUGGCAGAGAAAGAAAUUUCAUAAGGUGUGAUGAUGUCCCUAUUGUUUAUACACAUGUUAUUAAUAUUGAAAACAGUGAUUUUUUAAGUUAUGGCUAUGCAGGUGACUUACUGGUAUCUAAAUUUAUGCCAGAUAAAAUUUAUAUGUUACCUAGUACUGGCAGAGUAUACCACCCUACUGAUGAAAAAUAUGGUGGGGUUGGAUUAGUGAAAUCAAAAUUAGCCAUUGAAUUUAGUAAAAACUUUGAAUUUCAUAAUAGUGAAACAAAUGCACCUACACACUUCAGGUGGCAAAAUAAUACCUAUGAACUUGAUCAGAAUUGGUUUAGGGAACACGUAACAAAACAUAAAUUGACUAUUCAAUCAGAAUCAGACUAGAUAUGCGAGCUCGUUUAUUUAUAUUUAACUACCGCCUCAUUACGUCCCUUAUAUCCACGGGCGUUUAGUUACUUCGGUGUUAGACAUUGUUUUGUUUGAGAACCGCCACAGCAUUGAAA